GUUAGCUCGCUCCCCAGUAGAGAGAGCCCGAGAUAUUUUCGUCGAUUUCGUGCUCAGGCAGAGAUCACGGUCAUCGAAGACGCACCAAAGGUCCCUCGAAAGAAGAGAAGUGCCAACCUCCCGUAGACCGAGCCCUCUUUCCUGGCCUGGCCAUGGAUGAACAGGCAGGGCCCGGCGUCUUUUUCAACAAUAAUAAUAAUCCGGUAUUGCCUGGCGGUGGAAAAGGACCGCUGCACGAAGGCAACGGAGGAGAGGCGGUCAGGGCUCAGUACAGUAUCCCGGGGAUCUUGCACUUCCUGCAGCACGAAUGGGCCCGUUUUGAAGUGGAAAGAGCGCAAUGGGAUGUGGAACGGGCCGAAUUACAGGCACAGAUCGCCUUCCUGCAGGGCGAGCGCAGGGGCCAGGAGAACCUGAAGAAGGACCUGGUGAGGAGGAUCAAGAUGCUGGAGUAUGCGCUGAAGCAGGAGAGGGCAAAGUACCACAAAUUAAAAUACGGAACGGAACUGAAUCAGGGAGACAUGAAGCCUCCGAGCUAUGACUCUGAUGAGGCGAACGAGAACGAGAAGGAGGCCCAAGGCCCACAGAACAGCCAGCUGUCAUGGAAACAGGGCCGGCAGCUCCUGAGACAGUACCUGCAGGAGGUGGGCUACACGGACACCAUCCUGGAUGUCAAGUCCCAACGGGUGAAGGCUCUGCUGGGAUUGGCUGGAGACACAGGCGAGAGACCUGCCCACAAAAACGCGGAGCCCAUGGUGAACGGCGCUGAGCCAAUGAUGACAGGCAGCGUCAUUAUCGGGAAACCUGACCUGACAGAUUCCACCUCCGUGCUUGAGGCCUUCAAAUUCAUCGAAAGCGCUGCGGCCGAGUUCAGCGACGAAGACGAGGACGAUGACAGCGAAGGGAAGGACAAGACGAUUAUCGACUCCGUAACGAUUAAGAGGAAGAAGGUGUCGUCCUCGCCAUCGCCCUCCUCCUCUGACAUCAGCGAUGACCCCGACACGGAGGAAGCCCUGAAGGGCUUCGACUUUCUGGCCAUGCCCGAGGAGAUGGACAGCUCUCCGGAUUCCAGGGGCUCUGGGGAUGGCACUGACCUGGAGAAGGAAGAUCAGUGUCCCAUGUCUGAGGCCUGGGAUGUGGACCAGGGCUUGAUAACCAAACUCAAGGAGCAGUACAGAAAGGAGCGCAAGGGCAAAAAGGGGGUGAAGAGGCCCAACCGGUCCAAGCUGCAGGACAUGCUGGCCAACCUGAGGGACACUGAGGACCUGCCUCCUGUGCAGCCGUCCAUCACACCCCCCGCGCGGCCCAGCAUGGCCAGGGUUAACGAGCAUGAGGCGGGCCGCCCUGAUGAAGUGGAGGCGCUGACCUUCCCGCCCUCAUCAGGGAAGUCCUUCAUCAUGGGUGCGGACGAGGCCAUGGAGAGUGAGCUUGGCCUGGGGGAGCUGGCGGGGCUGACCGUGGCCAACGAGGCGGAUAACCUGGCCUAUGACAUCACCAAUAACAAGGAUGCGCUGAGGAAGACCUGGAACCCCAAGUUCACGUUGCGGAGCCACUUUGACGGGAUCCGCGGCCUGGCCUUCCACCCGGUGGAACCGGUGCUGGUGACCGCGUCCGAGGACCACACGCUCAAGAUGUGGAACCUGCAGAAGACUGCGCCGGCCAAAAACAGGAGCGCCUCUUUAGACGUGGAGCCUGUGUACACUUUCAGGGCCCACCGGGGCCCGGUGCUGUGUGUGGUGAUGAGCUCCUCAGGGGACCAGUGCUUCAGUGGCGGUGUCGACGGAACCAUCCAGAGCUGGAACACACCCAGCCCCAACAUCGACCCCUACGACUCCUACGAGCCCUCCGUGCUACGGGGAGCACUGUCUGGCCACUUGGAUGCUGUCUGGGGCCUGGUGUACAGCAGUGCUCACCAGAGGCUCCUCUCCUGCUCUGCUGAUGGCACAGUGCGGCUCUGGAACGCCACCAACAUCUCCCCAGCACUCGCCAUCUUCAAUGAGAACAGAGAGCUGGGCCUCCCCUCCUCAGUGGACCUGGUGAGCAGUGACCCAGCCUACAUGGUCAGCUCCUUCAGCACCGGCCGGACGGGCCUCUUCAACAUGGAGACGCGCCAGCUCGUCCUCAACCUGGAGUCUGCUGCAGAGCCAGGCUCUCCCUGCCAGAUUAACAAAGUGCUGAGUCACCCCACGCUCCCCAUCACCAUCACAGCACAGGAGGACCGCACCAUAAAGUUCUUUGACAACAACACAGGAAAGCUGAUCCAAUCCAUGGUUGCCCAUUUGGAUGCAGUCACAUGUUUAGCUGUGGACCCCAAUGGACUGUACCUGAUGUCUGGCAGCCAUGACUGCUCCAUCCGUCUGUGGAAUCUGGAAAGUAAGACCUGCAUCCAGGAGUUCACUGCACACCGCAAGAAGUUCGAGGAGUCCAUCCAUGAUGUCGCGUUCCACCCAUCCAAGUGCUACAUCGCCAGCGCUGGUGCCGACGCCCUGGCCAAAGUCUUCGUAUGAUGUGGAGCCUCUCUUCCCCGCCAGCCUCCAGCCCGCCCCUGUCACUGCUCAACAUUCGCAGAGCUGGCGAAGGGGCGGGGCUGACAGGAUGAGUGACACCUGCUCAAGCCAAUCCGCCCUGCUCCCUCUUAGCUUUCCAUUGGCCUGGCAGGCUCUGUUGGUGCCCUGGACUGGCCUUGGCUGACGGAAGGGGCGAGCUGUAUUGGAGGAGGAGAGAGUCCACUCCAGCAUGGGGCCUGUCCAUCCAGGCUGGCCUGGGUGCGACUGGGCACGCUCUCAGACUGGCUGAUGAUGUUCGCUGUUAAUGAAGGGGGAAAGGCAAGGUCUGUGGUGUCUCUGUAACUUAAGACUAACUUAAAUAAAUGUUUUGGAAAAAAAGGUAGGACCCCUCCAAGCCCCAUUAUGGGUGCCUGUCAUGUUAGUCUUCUCUUCUCAGUGUCAGGUUUCUCAGUUACCCCACAACAGGAACUUUUCAAGCAGGACUUGAGUCACGACGGAACCGGGAGAGGGUCAGGUGUACUGUGGAGCUCCCCUCUCCCCCUGCUUCAGACCCACUUUCGCUUGCCUUUGCUUUUACUUUUAAACACUUAAUGAAAAUGUGCCUUUGCUUCAAAAGGGUUUGCUAAACAAUCUUUUACCAAGCGUUUUUUUUUCUGGGGGGGAGAGUAGGGCUGCCACAAAAAAUGCCAGAUGUAAAUUUGCAAAAAAAAAACUUCAGAUAAAUGAAAAGUGUUUGCUAUACUCAGUCUUAAAGCUUAAACUUAAGUCUGAGCUCAUUUUCAGUUUUAAUUUGACUGUGUAAGUGUACUGUCGACGUGGAAGGUUUAGUGUGGCAGGGUUGUCCACUGGCUGUCGGAGUGGAGGGAGUGUGUCUGUGUCAGGGCUUCAGAAAGCAGGGAGUGCAGACCGAAACGUAACCGUACUGUUAGACGUUUUAGUGUGUUCUUACACCACUGACCUGCAGUGCAACACGGGGGCAUCACAAAACCUCCUUUGUGCAGUGAAAUCUGCGGAACAUACACAGCACAUCUUUUGGUGGCGAUUGUUCUUUUUUGCGAUAUUGGUCACAGCUCUUGCGCAUCCAGUGUUUGACUCUGAGAACAAAAAAAAGUGCAUUCGCCUUUUUUGGUCCUUGCAAACACUUCUGCAUUCCCUGAUGGAGCAAAAAAAAAAUGUAGCCUUAGCAUCUGCUCUAUGUCUGCUCUUUAUUGCACAAGCUAUUCUUUAGCAUGGAUGCUGUAAGAGCUGCUGUAGCCAUCCCGCCUUAUCACACAGUUUGCACCUGUCUUUACUCACAGGUGGCUAUCAGCUAAAGUAAAUUGGUGAUAUGUCAUUUAUAAAGUACACCUAUGACUGCAAAUUUCACCUAUAAAAUGCCUGCUACAUGCUGGGGUCAGUGACUUGAACUCAAAUAAACGUGUAGUCAUGCAGCAUUAAGCCCAAAGUAGAUUAUCCAGGUGAUUUUAUUUUUAAGUGAUCUUUUUUUUUAAAAUAAAAGUAAUUUAUUUGGAAUAAAAAUCAGCAUAUUGUCGCCUAGCUUACAAUCACUUUGGAUUACAUCACAAUGUACUUAUUGCAAGAAAUAAUCUACAAUCAGUUUCCCCUCCUCAGCCACUGCAUCAGAGCAAGUUUUUUUCUGUGUCUGUGUUUGUGUCCUUGCUACUGUUUUAAGCCAAAAAGGAUCAUCUCUGGCAUAAGCUUGUAACAAAUACAACCUGAAUGUGUAAAAACUACAUCCAUGUCCUUCUGAGGAGGCACAAUCAUCUGCUCUCCAUGCAGAAUCUAGCAAUGUCUCAGUCAUUCCUACACCUGAACAACACUGAUGCCACAUAGAACUGCACCCCUGAAUCAAAAGUCUGUUUUUAUCGUGCCAUUCUGAAGUUAUUUGAAUAUGUAUUGUAUGCAGUGAUUGGGUGCAUAUUACUUAUUUUAAGGAUAUUUCCUGUUUUAUUUUAAUUGUCACAAAGUAUGUGCCCAUUCAUCUGUGUUGUUGUUUGUCUUGUUUAUUACAAAAUGGCAAUAUUUAGUUCCAUUAUUCUCUCCUGUGUGUCUCCGAAGUCAUCAGUGUCUUGCUGAUCAGUUGGCACAUUCAGAGAGCCACAGAGAGGGUAAAGGGACAAGCAGCAAUUACAAGUUGCUCUUCAUGUAAAGUUUAAUACAGAUUGAUUUAAAAAUAUAUUUUUUUCUGUGAUUACUUGAACACACACAAAGUAAAUAUUUCAGAUGCUAGUUGUGAUUGCUGUAUGGUUGAAGAGUUGAAGAGUUGUCAUUCUCAUGACUCACUGUAUAUGUCUAUAAAAGCAGAUCCGCAGAGACUAAGACAGUUUGGUUUCCAGCCGAUUUGAUUUGUGCAGUGGGCAGUUGACCGUGAAUGACAGAGGGGCUUGGCUGUUCGCUGAAACGGUCUAUUAAUUGUGAGGCGUCUUCAAGCCUCUGGCUCAGGAGAUGUCUGGGGGAACUGUGAACGUGUGUUUGUUUGCAUAGUAAAACAUCUUUUCAAAAGUGUAUGGUGCAUCAUUCCUUAAUUUUAGAGAAUAUGUUUUCUUAAUGGGGAAAAAGGAAAUUGAAAAAGUAUAGAUUUAAUGUAUUAAGAAAACGUGUUUGUGUGUGUCUGUGUAUAUAUAUAUAUACAUACACAUAAUAUGUAUAAUAACACACAAAAGAUGUGAAAAUGGUUUCGGUUGGAUGUGCAUCUUGUAAAGGUUGUUUCUUGCUUGAUACCAUGUUUUAUGUCCAGAGGAAGCGCGGAGCCCCCUGCUGGUCAGAGGCAGACCAGGGGAAUGACAAAGCAGUGUCCAGUCAUGCUUGUCAGAAGCCUGAAUCUGGUUUAGGCUCAACAUGUAUAAAACAACACCCCCAAAAAAGUCUCUGAUGUUACUCACUAAUUUUCACUUCAGGUGUAAUGAAAAGCAAGCUGUACGGCUUUGAAUGGAGGACCUGACAGAAUGGCUUCCGCUGUUCUUUAGUCCGGCCAUGGUGUUAUCCCCUUCUUGUUCUUUCCUGGCCUGAAUAAAUCAAGACCAAGAACUAGCUGCAACAUCUCUAAUCAUACAGGAAAGAAUUGUUUUUGUUCACAGGUGGCAUUCCACCUGAAGGAAACCUGGCAUGUCUAGGUCAGAUAUCCCCAAACAGGCCUCUUUCUCAGCAUCGGCAUCCCCCACUGAUCCACUGACAUGACCGACCACACAGCACAGUUAGGAGGCAGUCUGAAGCGUAGGCAUACAGUCCUAACCCAUACAGAAGUCCAGAAUUCAUGGCAUGUAGAGUCACGAAGCAGUGCUGCUCACUGGUACUGUAUAAGCCUGUGAAAUAACAGAAUGAUGCAUUCAAAAUUAUAAACAAUAACAAUAAAACAGUUCUGGGAUA